GCAAGAUUUCUUGUUUUGACUGACGUUCUUCAUAUUCUUUCAUUUUCUGUGGACGAAAAGGAGGGGAUUUUUUCUCAUUGUCAACUGAAAACCAAGUGCGAUAACCGCCGUUACUGAUUCAGCUAAACAAUUGAAUUAAAGCCGCAAAUCUGGAAGUGUUACAAGUGCCGCGUGAGGACGCCGAAAUGACGUCCGUAUCGAGGAGACAGGAACGACAAGACCCUGAUUCGGAGUAUUCUGAUGCUUCUCACGCUGAAAAUGAUCACGACAACUCAGGAAACGAUGCAGGGCAGGCAGAAUCUGAUUAUGACUCUGCAGGAAGUGAAUCUGAUCGUUCCGACCGAGAUCCUGAUAAUCAGGAGACAGAGCGUCGGGUGGACGAUGACGAGGACCGCAGCAACCCGCAGUACAUCCCAAAGAGAGGGACCUUUUAUGAACAUGACGAUCGUACUGCUGCCAGUGGAGAAGACUCAAUAGUGUCAACAUCAGAAACGGCUUCGGAAAAGAAGGAAAUCGAAUCGCCAGCCGACCGACGUCGUGGGCCUCGCAAGUCUGAGAGCGUCAACAAGUGGUCCCAUGACAAGUACAAUGAAAACGAACAGGUGCCGAAGUCGCGCGACGAAUUAGUCGCAAUCUACGGAUACGACAUCAGAAACGAGGACGCGCCGCCGCAUGCGCGUCGAAACAGACGAUAUGGGAGGUAUCGACACUGGCGACGAGGGCCAAACAAGUACACGCGCACUUGGGAGGAUGUGGACGCUUACAGACGACAGGCCAACGCUCCAACGCCGAAUAGGAAACCACCCAACCCUGAGGACUUCCCGGAACUCGAAGCCAGCAAUAGAAGCAGUAAGAAACGCGCUCCACGACCCCGUUCAAAAUCCCAGCCAUCCUCCAUCGACUCCUCGGACCAAGGCUCUCAGCUGCGUCGCAAUGCGUCUGUCAAAGCGACUAAAAACAAACAGCCGCCGCCGCGACAAAACAUCGGCAAUAAAAACGCGCCCAGAAGAGAUCAGAGGAGAGAUGUCAAAAAAGACGUUAAGGAGAAAAUGCCGCCGAUUGAAAAUCUUACUAUUACUUCUAGUACUUUAAAUAAUAGUGCAAGCCAACCACAACGCAAAGUGAACGCGGCUGUAGCCCAACAAAGACCAGUGCCUACAGAACAGGGGAAAAAGAAACCUCCGCCACCUCAAGCACAGCAACCACAACAGCAAAACAAUGCAGCUCCUAACAAGUCGCCACCUCUAGAGCAGGCACCUCAAACGCAACAGCAGAAACCACCACCUCAAAAUCAACCACCCGGCGAGCAGCGCGGUGGCAGCAAGCGCUACAGUAGUUUACGUCAACGACCGCUCGACACAUAUUCGCCGCAGCAACAGCAACAGCCACCGCCGCAACAACCUCAACAGCAGCAUCGAUAUCAUAGCGAAUACACGGGAGGUGCGCCGGCGCAGCAUCAGGGCAGCCCGGCGCCGCAGAUGCACCCUCAGCAGAUGAUGCAGCAGAGUCACCGUAGCGCCCCAGUGAUUGCCCAACAGCACGGACCCUCACCGCCUCACCAGCAGCUACCGCCGCAGCAACUACAGCAACAGCAACUACCGCAACCGCAACUACCGCAACAGCAGUUACCGCAGCAACAGUUACCACAACAGCAAUUGCAGCAACAGCAACUACCUCAGCAACAUUCGCAACAGGUGCGGCUAGGCAUGAUGGAGCAACAACCGCUGGUACCUCAUUCCCAUCAUUCUAUUCACAACAUGCCACAGCCUCAUACUAUGGUUUCAGGGCAGUUACCGCCUGGCCAACCUUAUGCGCCGCCUGCAAUGAUGCCUGCGCAAUAUAUGCAGCAGGGCGGCAGCGGUGCGGUAUUCGGCGGUGCCGCCAUGUAUGCGCAGCCGCCGGCGCCUUAUCCACAUCAGCUGUACCAGCAUCAUAAUUACGCGACACAGGCGGGCGGCGUUACGUACUACAGCUGCGCGGAGCAGGACGUGGCCGUGGCGGCCCCCACCACCGCCCCCCGCCAGCCGCGCCGCCCCACCGCCGCCAUCCCCAUCGUACGGCCGCACCACGCGCACCUGCCGCAGGACAGGCCAGCAAAUUCAUCUGAAAAGGACAAUAUUGACCGAAUCGUGGAAAACAUGUUCGUGAGGAAGCCUUGGCCAGCGACACACGGGGCUGACGCAUCGAAAGAGAAAUCUGAAACACGAAACUCGCAAGAACCUCAAAGCAAAGAAUCAUCACAACCCAACAGCUUGACAUCGAGUUCUAUAUCCACUGAUUCCAAACCAUCUGAGAUUGAAAAAGAAUCAAAAGAAGAAUCUAAAGAACAAAAAGAGAACAGCGUCGAAAAAGAAUUAAAAGAGAAAGAGUUCAAAGAGAAAGAAUUAAAAGAAGUAGAAUUAAAAGAAAAAGAGUUAAAUGAAAGAGAAUUAAAUGAAAAAGAAAGUAAAGAAAAUGAGCAAAGUGUAGAACAAGAAAGUAUAUCGACAGAUGCCUGACUGGUA